AUUCUUCUUUUUUAGGUAUGAGAGCAGUAAAAUCUGUUUUAAGAGCUGCAGGUGCUCUAAAAUUAAGAUAUCCUAAAGAAAGGGAAGAUAUUUUGGUCCUUAGAUCCAUAAUUGAUAUCAAUUUGGCUAAAUUUUUGGAACAGGAUGUACCUCUAUUCGAGGGCAUUACUUCAGAUUUAUUCCCUGGAGCGGUACUACCGGAACCUGAUUACGUAAUCUUAAACAAAGCCGUUAAAGAUGUUUGCAAAGUGAUGAACAUUCAAUGCGUGCCAUUUUUCUUGCAAAAAGUUCAACAAUUGUACGAAAUGAUCAAUGUCAGACACGGUCUUAUGCUCGUAGGUUAUCCAUUUGCUGGAAAAACAACUUGUUACAGAGUAUUGGGUGAUGCGUUGGGUUUAAUCGAAGAAAGGGGAGGAAUGGACGAACAUAAAGCCGUGUUUAUUAUAAUGAAUCCUAAAUCAAUUACAAUGGGUCAACUCUACGGCCAAUUUGAUCCAAUAUCCCACGAAUGGUCGGAUGGAGUUUUGGCGAUUAGUUUUAGAUUUUUUGCUAUGUCGUCAACUGAGGAUCGUAAAUGGUUAAUUUUCGAUGGCCCGGUAGAUGCUGUGUGGAUUGAAAAUAUGAAUACUGUAUUGGAUGAUAACAAAAAACUAUGCUUAAUGUCCGGUGAAAUCAUUCAAUUAGCCAACACUACCACUCUAAUGUUUGAACCCAUGGAUUUGGAUGUUGCUUCUCCAGCAACUGUAUCAAGAGUUGGCAUGAUCUAUUUAGAGCCCAAGGCUCUAGGAUGGGAACCCAUAUUGUGGUCGUGGUUGAAUGUAUUGCCGCCAUUUAUCAAUAAUGAUUUUUACAAAAUGAUGUUAUUCAAUCUAUUUUUGAGGUUUUGUAAGCCUUUGUUGUGGUUGGUAAAGAAAGGUCUUAAGGAAAUAAGUGGAACUCUAGAACACAAUCUCAUCAGGGCUGUUAUGAAUUACUUCGAUUGCUUCAUGGAUGACUUCUACGAUGAAAAAUACAGAGAUCAGGUGUCAGAUUUAGACGUAAGGGCACAAAUAGAGGGAUCUUUCUUCUUCUCGUGUAUCUGGGGAGUUGGCAGCACUAUUGAUAUUAACAGCCGAGAAAAAUUUAGCUACAUGUUCAGAAUGCUUUUAGAAAAAGAAGUGCCACAACAACUUGCUGAAGCUUUCCCCGAUCUUCCAUAUUUAGUUAAUAAACCUGACAAACCAUACAUUUUCACGAUACCUGUAGCAGAGACAGUUUUCGAUUAUAGGUUUAUCAAAGAAGGCAAAGGAAAAUGGAAACUAUGGACCGACGAGUUAAAUACAUGUCCUCCUAUCCCCAGGGAUAUUCCUGUUAACCAAAUCAUAGUAACUACGGUGGAAACAAUCAGAAACAUUGCCAUAAUGCAAUUGCUGAUCCAACAUGAUAAACACAUGAUGAUAAUUGGUCCCACUGGAACAGGAAAAUCAGUUUAUAUCACGGAUUUCUUGCUGAAGAAGAACACGAAACAAUACAUACCGUUAUUUAUUAAUUUCUCCGCGCAAACAACAGCCAAUCAAACCCAAAAUGUCAUUAUGGCAAAAUUGGACAAACGGCGUAAAGGAGUAUUUGGUCCACCUGUUCUAAAACGGUGUGUAAUAUUUGUUGACGACGUGAAUAUGCCUGUUAAAGAAAUUUAUGGAGCGCAACCACCCAUAGAAUUAUUGAGGCAAUGGUUCGAUCACGAAAUGUGGUACGACCUUAAAGAGAUUGUACCGAUGAAACUUAUUGAUAUUCAGUUUAUGUGCGCUAUGUGUCCUCCAGGCGGUGGAGGUAACGUUAUAACCCCACGAUUCAUGAGACAUUUUAAUCAUGUGUGCAUUGAUGAGUUCCAAGAAUCAGUUUUGAUUAAUAUAUUUGGCAAAAUUAUGCUCUGGCAUCUUGACACAAGGGGCUUCUCUAAAGAAUUUGAUCCAUGCAUCGAGGAAAUCGUAAACGCAACAUUGGAAAUAUUCAGGCAGGCCAGAUUGAAUCUGUUGCCGACACCAGCCAAGUCGCACUAUCUAUUCAAUUUAAGAGAUUUCUCCAGAGUAAUACAGGGAGUGCUACUUUCUGUACCAGAAGCAACGGAAGAUUUGAUAGCCAUGAAAAGAUUAUGGGUACAUGAAGUUCUCAGAGUAUAUUACGAUAGACUUGUCGAUGAUAGUGAUCGUCAAUGGAUUUGCCAAGCUCUACAAGAAAUUUGCAGAACUAAUCUGAAUGAAGAAAUGAAUAACAUGUUUAAAAGAUUAAGGACUGGAUCAGCACCGAUUGGAGAACCAGAAUUACGAAAUUUAAUUUAUUGCGAUUUUGCGAACCCGAAAGCAGAUACUAGAAAUUAUAUAGAAGUACAUAAUAUAGAUGCAUUAACAAAAAUAGUUGAAGGUUAUCUUGCCGAAUUUAACAAUAUGUCGAAGAAACCAAUGAACCUAGUACUCUUCAGGUUUGCCGUUGAGCAUCUGUCGAAAAUUUGCAGGAUUUUAAAACAACCAAGAAGUCACGGACUAUGUGUUGGCGUUGGUGGAUCCGGCCGUCAAUCUGUCACAAGACUCUCUGCUCAUAUUUCCGAAUAUGAAUUAUACCAAGUCGAAAUAACCAGAACCUACGGCGUCGUUGAGUGGCGCGAAGAUAUAAAGACAAUUUUGAGGAAGAGUAGCAGUUCAGAAUUGCCCAGUGUUUUUAUGUUUUCCGACACUCAAAUAAAGGAAGAAGCAUUUUUAGAAGAUCUGAGCAAUUUAAUGAACUCCGGAGAGGUUCCUAAUAUAUUUUCUACUGAAGAAAAAAUGGAGCUCUGUGAAAAAAUGCGGCAGCUCGAUAGGCAAAGAGAUAAAUCUUUACAAACCGACGGUAGUCCUCCUGCCUUGUACAAUUUCUUUGUACAGAUUGUAAGAGAACAAUUGCACUUGAUUUUGACUAUGUCUCCUAUAGGAGAGAGUUUCAGGAAUAGAGUGAGAAAAUUCCCCGCAUUAGUGAAUUGUUGUACAAUCGAUUGGUUCCAAGCAUGGCCUGAAGACGCUUUACUAGCCGUGGCCACUAGAUUUUUAGGAGAGCUAGAUCUCACUGCACACGAAAAAAAAGUGUGCAUCGAUAUGUGUCAAAUGUUUCACGUGUCAACGCAAGUUUUAUCGGAAGAAUUCUUUGUUAGACUAAGAAGACAUAAUUAUGUCACGCCAACGUCGUAUCUGGAGAUGAUCAAUACAUUUAAAAUGUUUUUAGAAAAGAAAAGAAAAGAAAUUCUUGAUAGCAAGAAGCGAUACGAAAUAGGUGUGGAAAAACUGGUUACAGCUGGAGCCGAAGUAGCCAUUAUGCAGGCUAAUUUAGAAGCUUUGCAACCUCAACUUGUGAUUGCAGCCGAGAAUGUUCAGAAAACAAUGGUAAUUGUCGAGGAACAGAAACAGGAUGCGUCGGUAGUUGAGAAAAAUAUACAAGCAGAUGAAGUUGUUGCUGGCGAACAAGCCAAAGAGGCGCAGGCAAUAAAAGAUGAUUGUGACAUGAAUUUGGCUGAAGCUAUGCCAAUUUUAGAAGCGGCAUUAGAUGCCUUAAAUACUCUGACUCCCGCAGAUAUCAGUCUUGUUAAAGCAAUGAAAAAUCCACCAAAAGGUGUUAAACUUGUAAUGGAAGCCGUUUGUAUUGUAAAGGAAGUGAAGCCUCAAAGAGUCCCAGCACCAAGCGGUAUGGGUAUGAUAGACGAUUAUUGGGGUCCUUCAUUAAAACUGCUAAGUGAUAUCAGAUUUUUGGAAAACCUAAUGAAUUUUGAUAAGGAUAAUAUACCUACAAAAGUUAUGGAUAAGCUCAGGCAUCAAAUUUUGAACGAUGAGAAUUUCGAUCCUGAUAAGAUCAAGACUGCUUCUACUGCGGCUGAAGGUUUGUGCAAGUGGGUAAUUGCCAUAGCUAAAUACGACAGGGUAGCUAAAAUCGUAGCGCCGAAACAAGCAGCGCUGGCUGUAGCCGAAGGAAUGCUGGCGACAGCAAUGGGUGAUCUAGAAGUCAAAAGAGCUGAAUUGCGUGCGGCCAAAGACAAGGUCGCUCGAUUAGAGGCGGCUUUGGAAGCCGCGAAACAAAAGUACAAGGAUUUACAGGAUGACGUAAACAUGUGUAUGAUGAAAAAACAAAGAGCUGAAGAACUCAUUGGAGGCUUGGGAGGAGAGAAAGACAGAUGGGUACAGAUAGCUUACGACUUGGGGCAAAUAUAUUUAAUUUUAACAGGCGAUGUUCUGCUAGCCGCUGGUGUAGUUGCCUAUCUAGGACCAUUUACAAUGGUAUUUAGAAAUAAGCAAACUAAGAGAUGGAUCAAAAGUUUGACAGAAUCUGGCGUGUUUUGCAGUCAAGAAUUCCAGUUGACCUCAGUAUUGGGAGAUCCUGUAGUAAUCAGAUCGUGGAGUAUUUUCGGUUUGCCGUCUGAUAAUUUCAGCGUUGAUAAUGGCAUUAUUAUUUCAAAUGCUCGACGAUAUGCACUCCUUAUCGAUCCGCAGGGCCAGGCCAAUAAGUGGAUUAAAAAUAUGGAAAAAGCAAAUAAUUUGGCUAUAAUUCGACUUAACCAAGCAGAUUAUGUGAGGAUACUAGAAAAUGCUAUACAGUUUGGACAACCGGUUCUCUUGGAAAACAUAGGUGAAGAGGUGGAUCCGGUAUUAGAACCCGUUUUAGGCCAGCAGACAUUUAAGCAGGGUGGGGCUUUGUAUCUCAAACUAGGAGACUCGAUUGUUGAAUACUGUGCUCAAUUUAAGUUAUAUUUAACGACUAAACUAAGAAAUCCCCAUUACCUUCCGGAAAUAGCUGUGAAAGUAACUUUAGUGAAUUUUAUGAUCACCAAAGUAGGUCUACAAGACCAAAUUUUGGGCAUAACUGUAGCCAAAGAAAGACCUGACUUAGAAGCAGAAAAGAACAAUCUUAUUUUACAAGGAGCAGAAAAUAAAAGGGCUUUAAAAGAAAUCGAAGAUAAGAUUUUAAUGGUAUUGAGCACUUCUCAAGGUAACAUUUUAGAAGACGAAUCAGCUGUUCAAAUUUUAAGUUCUUCCAAAGUAAUAUCAAACGAUAUUGCCGCAAAACAAGCUGUAGCCGAAGUCACUGAAAAGCAAAUCGAUAAUGCUAGAUUGGAAUACACCCCGAUUGCAGCACAUUCCACCAUUCUCUUUUUUUCAAUUGCUGACUUGGCAAACAUUGAUCCGAUGUACCAGUACUCGUUAGUCUGGUUCAUCAAUUUGUUCAAAUCUGGUAUCGAUAAUACUGAACGAGUUGAAGAUGUUCAGCAUAGACUUAGAGAUUUGGAAACAUAUUUCACGUAUUCAUUGUACGUUAACAUUUGUCGUAGUUUAUUUGAAAAAGACAAACUACUGUUUUCUCUUUUACUGACCAUAAACUUAAUGGCUAGUCGCGGCGAUUUAAAUAAAGCAGAAUGGAUGUUCUUCUUAACAGGAGGCGUAGGCUUAGAAAAUGUAAAUAUUAAUCCUACUACUUGGCUAAUUAAGAAAUCUUGGGAUGAACUUUGCAGACUUAACGAUUUACAAGCUUUCCAUGGGAUUGUUCAGCACAUUACUGAUAAUUCCGACAAGUGGAAGGUGCUAUUUGAUUCGGGAGAACCGCAAGAAUGUAAAUUACCUGAACCAUGGGAAACUAAGUUAAAUUUGCUACAAAAAUUGGUGCUUUUGAGGUGUAUUCGAUUCGACAAAAUUGUGCCAGCUGUCCAAAAUUUUGUUGUAUCUCAUAUAGGAAAAAAAUUCAUCGAACCGCCACCUUUCGAUUUGAGCUCGUCCUAUGCCGAUUCUCAUUGUUGCAUUCCUCUAAUUUUUAUUUUAACUCCCGGCUCUGAUCCCACGGGUGUUCUACUUAAAUUCGCCGACGAUCAAGGCUUCGGAACUAACAGAUUAUUUGCUCUUUCGCUGGGCCAAGGUCAAGGACCUAUUGCCAUGAAACUGAUUGACGAUGGCGUAAGAAACGGCACUUGGGUGGUGCUGCAGAAUUGUCAUCUUGCCAAAAGUUUCAUGCCGAAUUUGGAGAAGAUAUGUGAAAAUUUAACUCCAGAUUCUACUCAUCCAGAUUUUAGAUUGUGGUUGACAUCAUAUCCAGCAGAUCAUUUUCCUGUAUUAGUUUUACAAAAUGGAGUAAAAAUGACUAAUGAACCCCCAAAGGGCCUUAAAAACAAUAUUAUCAGAUCAUAUCUGAGCGACCCUGUAUGCGAUCCAGAAUGGUAUGAAGCUUGCAAGCAACCAAUGCCAUUUAAGAAAUUGUUGUACGCUUUGUGUUUCUUUCACGCUUCCAUUCAAGAAAGACGAAAAUUUGGACCGUUAGGUUGGAACAUUCCCUACGAAUUUAACGAGACUGAUUUUAGAAUAAGUGUUAUGCAGCUACAGAUGUUUCUAAAUCAGUAUGAGGAUAUUCAAUACGAAGCUAUUCUCUAUUUAACCGGGGAAUGUAACUAUGGUGGUAGAGUGACAGAUGACUGGGAUCGUCGAACAUUAUCUACUAUUUUGCAUAAAUUUUAUUCACCAUUAGUUGUUGAUAAUGUCAAUUAUCCGUUGGAUCCCACAGGGAUGUACUAUGUCCCAGAAAAAAUAGAAUAUGACGACUACAUCGCCUACACGAGAAAUUUACCCCUAAUCAGCCAUCCAGAAGUUUUUGGCAUGCACGAAAACGCUGACAUCAUGAAAGAUCAACAGGAAACAGAAUUACUUUUCAGAAGUACACUUCUUACCCAGGUUAGUACAUAAAUA